CGUUUGUUCGGUCUCUCUAUCCUUUUAUUAUCAAUCUGUGGCCUACCACUUUUUCUUUCUUAUGUGAUUGUUUGAUUGCUUAUUCAAUGCAAGAGCCGUGUUAGGAAUGUACUCUUCGUCGAAUUCCUUCAUGGGCGGCGCCAACAGCGCUCGCCCGGGACAACCACCUUUCAUGCAGCAGCCUUCAUAUUCUCAAACCCCCAACGGGCAGCAAACACCCCAGCAGCAACAACAGCAUCAAGGUCUUGCACCCCAACCUACCGGAUAUGGUUCCCAAUUGUCUGGAUUCGGAGGCUCUCAUCUGCAGCCUCAACCCACAGGGUUCUCGCCAGGGCUGUUGCAACCACAAUUCACAAGUUUUCCACAACCGCAGCAGCAACCUGGCUUCCAGACCUCCGCUCAGCCGCCCCAGUUCACGGGAUACCCCAUGCAAAGUCAAGCCCCGCAGCUCCAAGUCCCUUCGAGUACUGGCUUACCGGUCCGGCUGGCCCCUCAGACAUCAUCCGCGAUAGCGGACUCCUUCAGGGAUAACGCUGGUGCUGCUCCGCCCCCGCCCCCCAAAACUCCAGGGAGCAAAAUUCCCAGCAUCCGACUCUCGUUUAUAACAGCACAAGACCAGGCUAAAUUCGAACAGCUGUUUAAAUCAGCAGUCGGAGAGAGUCAGACGAUGAGUGGAGAAAAGGCCAAAGACCUACUUCUGCGGUCAAGGCUUCCAGGAAGUGAUCUGUCGAAGAUAUGGGUCUUGUCAGACACCACAAAGUCGGGCCAGCUGUUUUUUCCGGAGUUUGCUUUGGCUAUGUAUCUGUGCAACAUACGGAUUACAGGCAGAGAGCUGCCAGAUGCGCUCCCCGAGAAGAUAAAGAAUGAAGUUUCUAGUAUGGUAGAUAUCAUUUCCUUUCAGGUCCCUGACACGCAGCCAGAGACGGCUAUCCCCACGAAUGUUCCAAACUUCGAUGCGCCGUUACUGGAGAACAAAUCUGCUCCUCCAGCUCCUCAGCAACCGCAACCUCAACAGCCGACCAAUUCUCAGCUUCUCACGCAGCUCGCAGCGCAGCCAACGGGAUUUCACACUCAGCCGACUGGCAUUCAAUCUACUCAGGCUUCUUUUGCUGGCCAAAGCUCAAUUCUACUUCCGCAAGCCACGGCCUUCCCCGGGCAGUCCCAGCAACAGUUUCUACAAGCUCAACCAACAGGACUGAUGUCUAAUCCCCAGCCUACAGGCUAUAGUGGACCCCGUCCCCCGGUGCCGCCGAUACCCACGAGCCUCGGGCCCAACCUCAGUCCCGCACAAACCGGUGGGGUUUCUGGUUUGAUCGCCCAGCCUACUGGAGCUCCCGGCCAGUGGGGCUUUGUCAAUGCUCCGUCAUCUGGAUUGCCCAAUAUAGAAGCCCUUAAACAGCAACUAAUGCCCCAACCGGGCCGUGAGGGUGGAUAUUCAGCCGCUGGUCUUUCCGGAAAUGCUCACAUUCCGUGGGCGAUCACCAAAGAGGAGAAAAAGAUCUAUGAUGAUCUCUUUCGGGCAUGGGAUGGAUUUCAUAAGGGCUUCAUUGGCGGUGAUACUGCUAUCGAAAUCAUGGGGCAAAGUGGGCUGGAUCGUAAAGAUCUCGAGCGUAUCUGGACACUGGCGGAUCCCCACAACAGAGGCCGGCUCAACAUGGAUGAAUUCGCUGUGGCGAUGCAUCUAAUAUACAGGAAGCUGAAUGGAUAUCCGGUUCCGAAUCGCCUCCCACCGGAGCUAGUGCCACCAUCAACAAGGAAUCUCAAUGACUCGAUAGGCACAAUCAAAUCGAUGCUCUCUCAAGAUGCGGAAAGUCGAAAAGCGUCCGGUGCCUUUCUACAACCGCAAAAAACGGGUGUAAGUUAUCUCAAAGAUCACUCAUUCCGUGGUGGUAGUGGAGUGUCUCCCGGGUUGGGCCGCAAAGACGCCACUUUGUUUAAGAAUAAUGACGAAGCUGCUGCUGGGUAUCGUUCUAGCGCCCGUCGCCGUGUUGGAAACAAUGGUAGGACGCCGUCACCUGCUGCUUCGCAAGCAUCUGAAGAGGAGUUGUCCGUUGGGCAGCUGAGGAAGAAGAUACGCGAGACACAAAUCAUGUUGGAAGCAGUCGACUUUCAGGACGAGAAUCGCGCCGAAGAAGAAGAGGCUCUGGACCGUAGAGAUCGUCGGGAAGCAGAGAGCCUUAUGGAUCGAAUCCGGCGUGUUCAGGAUGACAUUGACACACACCCGGAUGCGGCCUUCCGCAACCUUGACAACGGUGCCGAGCGAAGGUCCCUACGCCGUCAGCUGCAAUCUUAUGAGGACCAAGUUCCUCAAGUAGCUUCAGAUGUUCGACGGGUUGAGCGUGAUAUUGCUGAGGCUAAACUCGAGCUUUUCCGCCUGAAGGACGCAAAGGAUCACCCUAAUAGUGCGUCGAAUGUCGUGGGAACUGGUCCAGGAGGUGCUGUGACAGAGGCGGAUCGUAUCAAGGCUCGUGCUCGCGCUAGAAUGCAAGCUCGUGCAGCCGAGCUUGCCGGUAGGCCGAUCCCGUCCUCUCAAAAUGAUGAUGGUGCCGCAACUCGACGAGUUGAAGUCGAAAGCGCCAAAAUUAAGGCAGAUAGAGAAAAGAAUGAUGCCAUGACUCGUGAUGUGGAGGACAGUGUAAAAGACUUUGCUCGAAGUCUCGAGGAUACUCUGAAGGAUGCGAGUGAAAAUUCCACGCGCGAGCAUGAAAGGCGGCGGUGGGAAGAUGCUUUGGGGGUAGAGGAUGUGAUUCGAGACUUUAUUUACGACCUAAAGCGUAACAGCCGAACCGCAUACAUUCGGAAAGAGGAGGUAUCGCGAUCCAUGCGUGAGGAGCGCGAGCGUCCACGAUACGAUGAAGCGCCCGCUACCCGGCCUUCUCCCCCCCCGUCCACUGGCUCCACGGGCUCAUUGCCUGGUUCUACCCACGAGGAUCGUGUUACCGCUGCAAGGGAACGUGCGCAGAAGCGCAUUGCUGAACGAAUGGCAGCUGCUGGUCUCAAGCCUCACAAUAACACUGCAGAAACCCUCCUUCAGCGUCAGGAACGCGAAAAAAAGGAGCGCGAGGAACGGUUGAAGCAAGCGGAGGAAGAAGAUACUAGACGCGAGCAAGAAAGACAGCGUCGACUGGCCGAAGAGCAGGGUGGUUCAAUGGCGCAACCUGUUAAACCGACGUCCAAGAAACCCCCGCCGGCACCACCUUCGAGACGUGGCCGUACUGACAGCGCGGGACAGGCGGAGGCUAAAAAGGCUGCAGAAGAAUUGGCAAGAGUAGAACAGGCUGCCCGGGCACAAACAAUCCGCGAAGAAGAAGAGGCACAAGGGGAGAGGAGACGCCUUGAAGAUGAUGCUAGGAAACGUGAAGAGGAGUUCGAGAGAGAGAGGGAGGCACAAGAAGCCCGCCUCCAAGCACUCCAAGAACAGGUGCAGCAAGGCAAAAUUAAAAAACAGGAAGCGAAGCGGCGGAAAGAAGAAGCAGACCGAUUAGCGAAAGAGCAGGAAGCCAAGCUUACUGCUCAACGUGCGGAGCUUGAAAUGGCUAAAGAACGGGAAAGGCAGCUUCAAUUGGAGCUGGAAGCCCUAGAUGAGGAAAGCUCCUCAGAUGAAGAAGGUCCAGAGAAUAUCACUCCCCAGCAUAGCACCCCUGCGCAGAGUCAAAUUCUUCCUGGAGUUGACAUUGCAGUGCCUGUUGCCCCCUCGGCUCCAGUCCCUCCCGUUCCUGGACCAGAGUCGGACGGACCGGCCAGUGCUACGAGUUCUCCAACCAGCGAACGCACCGGAUUAGCCCACCUCCCUCUAGAGACUGAAUCGAAGAACCCUUAUUUCAAGAAGAUCAGUCUGCCCACCGAGAGCCAAGUUGCCACAUCACAACCCGCUCUUGGUGUCCCUGUAACUUCCCCCAAGGCCGACGUUCAGUCAACUAACCCUUUCCACCGGCUUGCACAGCAGCAAGAGAACGCGAAGCCUGCAUUCACAACAGCGGGUCCGAUAGAACGUGUGUCCCGUGCACGCCCUGAGACGGAUGACGAUUGGUCUGCAGCAGGAUCAGACUUCGACUCAUCAUCUGAUGAUGAUGACGAUGGGCGGCCUGGCGGUGGAAGUGCGAAGCAGCUCGCAAGCAUCCUGUUCGGUACUAUGGCUCCACCGCGGCCUUUGAGUGCUAUGGACGACAAAUCUCCUUCGAAACCAUCUACUCCUACGCCAGGUACUCCAGUAGCCGCUCCUGCAGCACCCGAGACAGAUGGAACUUUGUCUAUUCCCUCUGCUGCUCCCCCACCACCACCACCACCACCACCACCCCCACCAAUGGUAGCACCGGUUCCCUCGACAGCGCUCAGCUCCGGUUCUCCAGAUGCUGCCCCCCCACCACCGCCCCCGCCUGUACCUCACAUGGCGCCCCUGGCCCCUCCUCCACCCGCUCCUCCAGCUGCACCGGCAGGAACAUCUGACCGAAGCGCCCUACUAGCCUCGAUUCAAGCUGGUAAAGGACUCAGGAAAGUUCAGACAAAUGACCGAAGUCUUAGCUCUGUUGCAGGGCGAGUUCUCGAUUAGCAAGGGGUUGUCAGUGGAUUCAGUUUGCCAGAGUUUAACUGGGUAGAAAGCUAUAGUCACCAUGUCUAGUCGCUUCGUUUGUUUUAAUCCAUUACUGAUAAAUCAAUAUACUGUGUUUUACCUUAGUAAAAUCAUAGAUAAGGGGCAUGCGACAGCCUUGGUUCGAGUUUUA